GGGGCGGGGCUGGGCGGAGCCCGUGCAGGGUGCUGGCCGCAGCGCCCCCAAGUCCCGACGCCGGGCCCGCUCACGGCCGCGUGGGAGCAGUGGGGUUCGACGGCGCGGCCGCCAGGCCGCCAUGGCCGCUCACGGGAAGCUGCGGCGGGAGCGGGGGCUGCAGGCUGAGUAUGAGACGCAAGUCAAAGAGAUGCGCUGGCAGCUGAGCGAGCAGCUGCGCUGCCUGGAGCUGCAGGGCGAGCUGCGGCGGGAGUUGCUGCAGGAAUUGGCAGAGUUCAUGCGGCGCCGUGCUGAGGUAGAGCUGGAAUACUCCCGGGGCCUGGAAAAGCUGGCCGAGCGCUUCUCCAGCCGUGGAGGCCGCCUGGGGAGCAGCCGGGAGCACCAAAGCUUCCGGAAGGAGCCGUCCCUCCUGUCGCCCUUGCACUGCUGGGCGGUGCUGCUGCAGCACACGCGGCAGCAGAGCCGGGAGAGCGCGGCCCUGAGCGAGGUGCUGGCCGGGCCCCUGGCCCAGCGCCUGAGUCACAUUGCAGAGGAUGUGGGGCGCCUGGUCAAGAAGAGCAGGGAUCUGGAGCAGCAGCUGCAGGAUGAGCUCCUGGAGGUGGUCUCAGAGCUCCAGACGGCCAAGAAGACAUACCAGGCGUAUCACAUGGAGAGCAUGAAUGCCGAGGCCAAGCUCCGGGAGGCCGAGCGGCAGGAGGAGAAGCGGGCAGGCCGGAGUGUCCCCACCACCACCGCUGACGCCACUGAGGCAGGGCCCCUCCGCAAGAGCUCCCUCAAGAAGGGAGGGCGGCUGGUGGAGAAGCGGCAGGCCAAGUUCAUGGAGCACAAACUCAAGUGCACAAAGGCGCGCAAUGAGUACCUGCUUAGCCUGGCCAGUGUCAACGCCGCCGUCAGUAACUACUACCUGCGUGACGUCUUGGACCUCAUGGACUGCUGUGACACAGGGUUCCACCUAGCCCUGGGGCAGGUGCUCCGGAGCUACACGGCCGCUGAGAGCCGCACCCAAGCCUCCCAAGUGCAGAGCCUGGGCAGCCUGGAAGAAGCUGUGGAGGCCCUGGAUCCUCCAGGGGACAAGGCCAAGGUUCUCGAGGUGCAUGCUACCGUCUUCUGUCCCCCGCUGCGCUUUGACUACCACCCCCAUGACGGGGAUGAGGUGGCUGAGAUCUGCGUUGAAAUGGAGCUGCGGGACGAGAUUCUGCCCAGAGCCCAGAACAUCCAGAGCCGCCUGGACCGACAGACCAUUGAGACGGAGGAGGUCUGGGCAGCCCACCGGGGGUUAGAGGGAGACGAGGGCCUGGAGCCUGUACAGCCUGCUGUUGGAAGUGGCUGCCCUGCCUGCCCCCCUCCCUUUGGCCCCUUCCUUCUGACUUGGACUUCCUGUCUCCCUCCCUGUCCCCUACCUCUUACUACCCUGGUGUGGUCUCCUCUGCAGGUGAACAAGACUCUGAAGGCGACACUGCAGGCCCUGCUGGAGGUGGUGGCCUCGGAUGACGGGGAUGUGCUUGACUCCUUCCAGACCAGCCCCUCCACCGAGUCCCUCAAGUCCACCAGCUCAGACCCAGGCAGCCGGCAGGCGGGCCGGAGGCGCGGCCAGCAGCAGGAGACCGAAACCUUCUACCUCACGAAGCUCCAGGAGUAUCUGAGUGGACGGAGCAUCCUCGCCAAGCUGCAGGCCAAGCACGAGAAGCUGCAGGAGGCCCUUCAGCGAGGUGACAAGGAGGAGCGGGAGAUGUCUUGGACCCAGUACACGCAGAGAAAAUUCCAGAAGAGCCGCCACCCCCGCCCAAGCUCCCAGUAUAACCAGAGACUCUUUGGGGGAGACAUGGAGAAGUUUAUCCAGAGCUCAGGCCAGCUUGUGCCCCUGGUGGUGGAGAGCUGCAUUCGCUUCAUCAACCUCAACGGCCUGCAGCAUGAAGGCAUCUUCCGGGUGUCGGGUGCCCAGCUCCGGGUCUCAGAGAUCCGUGAUGCCUUCGAGAGAGGUGGGGAUGGGCAGGGCGGGCGGGGGUGCGGGCUCGGGCAGAUGUCACCAGCUUCCUCCCCCUACCGCACCACUCGCCCAUCUGCAGGGGAGGACCCACUGGUGGAGGGCUGCACUGCCCACGAUCUGGACUCGGUGGCCGGGGUGCUGAAGCUCUACUUCCGGAGCCUGGAGCCCCCACUAUUCCCCCCAGACCUGUUCGGCGAGCUGCUGGCUUCUUCGGAGCUGGAGGCCACGGCGGAGAGGGUGGAGCACGUGAGUCGCCUGCUGUGGCGGUUGCCCGCGCCGGUGCUGGUGGUUCUGCGCUACCUCUUCACCUUCCUCAACCACCUGGCCCAGUACAGCGAUGAGAACAUGAUGGACCCCUACAACCUGGCCGUGUGCUUCGGGCCCACACUGCUACCGGUGCCCGCUGGGCAGGACCCGGUGGCGCUGCAGGGCCGGGUGAACCAGCUGGUGCAGGUGCUCAUAGUGCAGCCUGAUCGGGUCUUCCCGCCCCUGACCUCGCUGUCUGGCCCCGUCUACGAGAAGUGCAUGGCACCGCCUUCCGCCAGCUGCCUGGGGGACGCCCAGCUGGAGAGCCUGGGGGCGGACAACGAGCCGGAGCUGGAAGCUGAGAUGCCCGCACAGGAGGAUGACCUAGAGGGGGUCGUGGAGGCUGUGGCCUGCUUUGCCUACACGGGCCGCACAGCCCAGGAGCUGAGCUUCCGGCGGGGGGACGUACUGCGGCUGCACGAGAGGGCCUCGAGCGACUGGUGGCGGGGGGAGCACAACGGCAUGCGGGGCCUCAUCCCGCACAAGUAUAUCACGCUGCCGCCCGCGGGGACGGAGAAGCAGGUGGUGGGCGCAGGGCCGCAGACUGCAGGGGAGUCUGGGAGCAGUCCCGAGGGCCUCCUGGCAUCAGAGCUGGUCCACCGGCCAGAGCCAUGCACCUCACCCGAGGCCGUGGGACCCUCUGGACACAGACGACGCUGCUUGGUCCCAGCCUCCCCAGAGCAACACGUGGAGGUGGAUAAGGCUGUGGCACAGAACAUGGACUCUGUGUUUAAGGAGCUCUUGGGAAAGACCUCUGUCCGCCAGGGCCUUGGGCCAGCAUCUACCACCUCUCCCAGUCCUGGGCCCCGAAGCCCAAAGGCACCGGCCAGCAGCCUCCUGGGCAGGAGCAAAGGCUUCUCCCGGGGCCCUGGGGCCCCAGCCUCACCCUCAGCAUCCCACUCCCAGGGCCUAGACACGACCCCCAAGCCACACUGAGGUGCUGCUGCUGGAGAUGUGUGCCCCUGGCGGCUACCCGCUGGACCGGCCACUCUCCCCCG